UCUGACAUUCACUUCAUAGUAGCUUGUAUUCUGCGUUGAUUUUGCCUCUGCUUCUGCUUUCCUAACUACAGCCGGUCCACUGUGAAUAUGUCCAAGUACUGUGAUCAGGACUUUUACAUAGAGGAGAUUGAUGAAGACAAAAUUUUGGCAGGUCUUUCAGUUGAAGAGCUCCAGCAGCUUCAGAAGGAAAUGGAUGAUAUUGCCCCUGACAAGAUGGUACCAGUAGGAGAGAGACAUAAUAAUGCAUCUGUUGAAGCACCAACUCAAGGGGAUGGAAAUGGGGAAUCUGAGGAUCAGGAAGACAUUGAUGAAGAUGUGAUUCUGGCAGGUCUCUCUGCUGAAGAGCUCCAACAGCUCCAGAAUGACAUAGAGGUAAUUGCUCCUGAUGAGAGAGUGCCAGUAGGGAUGCGACAGAAGGAUCAGACCGAUAAACCCCCAACAGGUUCAUUUGACCAUAGGUCACUAGUAGACUACUUGUACUGGGAGAGACAAUCUAAACGGUUGCUGGAAGAAGAAAGAAUCCCUACAACCCUCCUCCCCAGUCAGAAAAAAAAGGAGGAAGAGCUGAAGAAUGCAGUGAAAGAAGCUAAUAAAAAUAUUGAAAUGGAAUAUGUCUAUAAGGAGUUAGGAGAAGAUGCUGAGAUAGGGGAUUGUGAAGAGGUGACUGAGGUCAUCAUUGAAGAGGUAAAAGACAAAAUUUUGGAUGUAGAAGUUGGUGAAUAUGCUCAAAAGCCAAUUAAAACAGAACCUCAAGACAGCAGCAUUGCUGUGUGUGCCAACUCUCAGCCAUCUCCAAAUUUCUCUCUUUCACAAAGAGAUAAAGGGGCUUAUAGAGCUGAAUUGAAUGAGGAAGAACCAAUAAUUGCUCAAAUUAAGCAAAUAGAUCAGAUUCAAUGUACAACUGUUUCCUCAGCCUAUGAGAACUGGGUUCCAAAAAAAGAAGAAAGAGUCAUAUCCAAGUUGAAGAUCCCAAAGCUCGCACUUGGUGAUGGUUUGAUUAAAAAAACUGCAAGGCCAUCUGGGAAUGAUACCAAUUUGGAAAGCACCCUGGAAAAAAUUCGCAAUCAUAACUCCUCUGUCACUGAUAUCAACCUAAACAAUAUUGAGAACAUGCCUAAAGAAAUGCUUUUAGACUUUAUUGAGGCUUUAAAAAAGAACAAGCAUGUAAAGACUUUCAGCAUUGCAAACACAGGUGCAGACGAAAACGUGGCCUUUUGCCUCGCCAACAUGCUGCGAGAGAACAGGAGCAUCAACACACUCAACAUUGAAUCUAACUUUAUUACUGGAAAAGGUAUCAUUGCGAUUAUGCGCUGUCUACAGUUCAAUGAGACUUUGACAGAACUCCGCUUCCACAAUCAGAGACACAUGCUGGGUCAUCAUGCAGAAAUGGAAGUGGCACGUCUCCUGAAAGCCAACAACACUCUGCUUAAGAUUGGCUACCAUUUUGAGCUUCCUGGGCCCAGGAUGGUGGUGACCAAUUUGCUCACUAGAAACCUUGACAGGCAGCGGCAACAAAGGAAGGAAGAGCAGAGGCUUCAUCAAAUUAAAGAACAAUGUCAGAUUAUAGGGGUGCAUGAGAACCACUUGAACAUGCCAGCAGGUCUGCUGGAGAUGUUAGGAGGAUAUAUUGAUGGAAUGGAAUUUCUGUGUGCUGCUCAGGAUUAUCAGCAUCUUUCACGAUGCUUUCCAGAACCCUCUAUGGUAUCAACAACAUGUCACCAGGUGCAUAAAAAUCACCACCCUACACAACAACAUCCAUCCAGUUCAGGCUCAGACCCCAGCAAUAUAUUAAAAGAUGUGAAACUUAAGAAGACUCCUAAACGUUGUGACCCACUCCUGGAUUUAACUAUAAAAGAAGAGAAAGCAGAUGGGAGAGCUAACAUUCGGUUGCGAAGCACUCCCAAGCUAACAAAAACAGCAAGUGAAGGCUUUCUGGAUGACCGGGCCAACCUGAAAGAUGUGAUCAAUGCACUGAAACCAGUUCCAAGAAGAAGGCAGCCACCAAAAGUAGAACUAACACCACGUGACCUACUUCUCAAUGAAAUUAAACAGAGCAAUGUGGCCUAUCUAAAAGCGGUGCCGCUUCCCAAAGUUUUGGAAUCAGAGGAAACCAGUCUUUUAUGAUGACAGCAUGCUUUUAGACAGACUGCUCAUCUGUACCUGUAGCCAUUAUUGGUCGAAGCAUUGAUCACAGUGUGGCCAUUAAUUUUCUAUUAAUAUUACAAUAGUUUCAUGAAACAUCCGUGUACUCUAACCCUUACAUUAAUGUGUUUACUAAUCUAUUCACUCAGUAUUAGUAUUAUAUAGUAUACUUUUUGCAUUUUGCCAGUAACACUGAAUUUAAAUUUAAAUAGUUCUGCAGGAUAAUAUCUAGUCUGCCCCUGUAUUUCAUCAAGUUGGAUUUAAAAUAGCUAUGAAAAUGUUAUGAGGUGUAACCUGUGAAAAAAAUGUAUUUCUACUUUUGGUUACACAAAUAUUUAUGGAGCUGAUGCUGUAUUUAGAUUUCAGCAAAGCCAGAUGAGAUGCACCAAAUGAAUUACAGACAGUCAGAAGUAAGCUUUCUGAUUAGAUACUAUGCUUUUUUCUUUUGUUGUGUGUAGCAGGAAAAUACCAUGUUGUGAUAUUUUACUGUCUUUUAUCAGAAGCUCAUGUAGGUAAUUUUACUAAGACUAUCUCAGAAAUAUUGCAAAGAUAUAAAGUAUAGUGCCACUAUAAGAUACAGAAUAAAUAAUCCAUGCUUUUUUUACCUGUAGGUUAUGGACAUGAUCACAUCUUACUGUCUGGAUGCUCCAGUAGGUAUAACAAUCAGUUCAUAAUGUAGCUAGAGUCCUAUCUAGAAACAGAAUAUAUGAACACAUAACCCCUAUCUUAUUCAUACUACUAUGUCUCCCUGUCUGAUUUUACAUUGAUUAUAAAAUACGACUACUAACCUAUAAAGCAAUUAAUGGUCUCACACCACAGUAACUGAGUAACUUUUGUUUUUUAUUAUGUCACACCUAUUUUUAUCAAAGGGUGCAGGCUCAAGCAGGGGGCCGAGCUUUCUCUUAUAAAUAAGCCCACAGUUUUGGAACAGCCUUCAAAUGAAUUUUCAAUUAGUGAUCACUUUCUUUGUGAUAUCUCCCAUAUUCUUCAGAUGUCUGGGCUAUGCUGUUGGGUAGCUAGUAAGGAGCUUUUUCUCAAAUAAAAUAAUCAAGCAUAAAUUAAUCAACCCAAACCAAAGGCUAAUUGUUUUAUGGUCUGAUGAAUACAAUUCUUAAGUUAAAUUAAGCUUGAUACAAAAAAGCACCAUAAGAUCAUAAUCAAAAUUACCAUAAGAACAUCAUACCCACAGUUCAGCAUGCUAGUGGCAGCAUCUUGCUUUAUGACUGAUUUUUCUUUAGCCAGUGCUGGGGCUUUUAUCAAGGUGGAGGCAAUAAAUUAAACUUUAUUUAUAAACCACUCUUAACAAUGGACAUUGUCUCGAUUAGCUUUACAAAAAACUAUCAGAAAAUUUUAAGUUUUAAAUUAAAUUUAUAUUUAUCCCUAAUGAGCAGGCCUGAGGAAAUGGUGGCUAGGAAAAAACAGCUAUGCUUGUAAUCAUGUGAUAGUUAAAGACACUGUACAAUAUGUGUAAAGUGCAGUCAGGGACUCCGGCUAAACUUGUUACGACAGCAUAACUAAAAGGCUAGCGCCAAAAGGUGACACAGACAUGGGGGCUUCCUGGGAUAUAAAGCGUCCAACCACUCCACAGUCAGCAAACCUGAGAAAGAGUGGAUUAGUUUGACAGACUCUAAACAUCCCAGUUCAGCAAAUAUUCUAUGUCCAUGAACCCUCCAUUUCUGCUCCUUUAGCUAAGAAAAGCUAUUCAUGAAAAGCUAGACAAAACAAAUGUGUUUUCAGCCUGAGCUUAAAUAAUGAAUCUCUGUCUGAGUCCCAAACACUAAUUGGAAGUCUGUUGAAUAACUUUGGGGAUCUGUAAGAAAAAGCUCUGCCCAUGCUGAAGCCUUUACUACUUGAGGUAUUACCAAAUAGCCUGCACCUUUUGAUCGAAGUAGGCUAGACGGAUCAUAAAAAAACAAAACACAGGUACUGUGACACAAGACCAUUCAGUAUGUUAUAAGACAGUAAUAGUAUUUUAUAUAGGAGCUAAUGCAGAUAAUAUACUGUAGGAGUGAUACGUUCAUAUCUUCUGGUUCUAGUUAGGACUCUAGCUGCUGUGUUCUGCACUACUGGAAAAUCUAGACAAUAAAGCAUUAUAAUUCAUGCUUUGUUUCCAACCUAGAGGUAACAAAGCAUGAACUAGUGUUUCUGCAUCACUAGUGCCAUCAUAUUUCUUAUAUGAGCAAUAUUUCUGAGAUGAAAUAAGGCUAACCUAGGGAUAUUAUCUAUGUGAGCUUCAAAUGAGAAACUGGAGUCAAUAAUCACACCAAGGUAUUUUACUGCUGCACAUGAUGAAAUAGAAAGACCAUCCAGAGUUACUCUGUAAUCAGAAAGCUUACUUCUGGCUGCAUGUGGUCCAGGGUUAAGCAGGAGUUAGUUUAAUGUCCUUUACACAUUCUUCAAUCUUAUUAAGCUGGUGUCUCUCAUCUGACAUAGCUGAAACAUAUAGCUGUGUGUCAUCAACAUAACAGUGGAAGAUAAUACCAUGCUUAUGAAUCAUGAGGUAGCAUAUGUAAGGAGAAAAGGGCCGGCCUAAAACAGAACCUUGCAAAACACCAAACAUUACCUUAGUAUGCUUAGAGAAGUCACCAUUAAGAUCUACAAAAAGAUUUCAGGACAUAGCCAGUGCUAAGGGAAGAAUUUAUUAUUUUUAGAAGGCUAACUGGUAAUAUGUGUUAAAAGAAACAUCUAGGUAAGGGAUCCAGUAUGUAGGUUGAUAAUUUUGAAGAAGAAAUCAUUGGAAUUUUGUCUCUUGUAAACAGUCCUGAUUAGAAACAGUAAUAUUAUUUACAGCAUCUUCUGUCAAAUUGUUUGUUAAAUUAAUGGUCUGAAUUUUCUGCCUGAAAAUAUAAAUUCUUCCAUUGAAAUAAUUCAUGCAGUCAUUGCUGCUGAAAAUAUAAGGUAUGCGCUUUUCUACAGUGUUUUUAUUCCUAUAUAAUUUUGCUACAGCAUUAGAUGAAAAUUUAGAAAUAUUUUUGUUUUCUUAAAUUAGGGUGGAGAGAUACACUAAUCAGCAUACCAGCAUAAAGAGAUUGUUGUAGCUCAGAAGGUUGUCUAUCCAUUUCAGUUUAGUUUUAUUAUUUAGUUGUUUUUUUAGAUUUAUGUUACAAUUUCCUAAUUCAUUGUUUGGAAGCAAUUGAAGAAGACAGUUCAAAAGUUUUGAGAAGUUAUACUAACUUAAACUGCCCCUAGAGGGGAUUUAGACAAAACAUUUUGGAGUCCCUUGUGACAAGGCCCUUUACAUAUAUACUGAGUUUGGUCGAAAUUUAUUACAAAUCAUAUAAGGGUUACCAAAUAAAUAUCCAUCAUCUGUAUAAAAAUUUGGAGAAAAUUUUAUUUGGAUUGGUACCAUUAUGUUCACUAAUUAAGGUACCAUUAAGUUUCUAUUAAGUUUUUAAUGGUUUAAAAAUGUAGGAAAAAUGUCAACUUCCUAAUCAACUUCCAUUUUGAGAAAAUGCAAAGUCUUUAUUUUACCAGCACUCCUGCAAAGGAAUCAAUAGUAACAAGAAUUUUGAUUUGCUGUUGAGCAUUGUAAAAAAUUGAGCAGGCAUAAGGUCCUACAGUUUAGCUAAAAUCUAUUCCACAGUUGCUGAGGUAUACCCUCACAUUCAAUUUGUCAGCUUUGCCAUCAUAUUUAUUUGCUUUGGAUGUACCAUCCUGUCAAUGAAAAACAACCAAUAUAUUAAAAACUACUUUUUGGGAUAGUCUCACAAUUGUGCAAUUUAA